AUGGAAAUAUUUUGUUCUACACAUGUCAAUCAAAGAUUACAAUAUAUAUGCUUUGAUUGUAACUUUGUAGGAUGUUUAGAAUGUAUGGAAGGGUGGCAAAUGAAACAUAAAGGUCAUUGUUUUCAAAGUGUUUCGACAAUUAUGAAGGAAAUAGUACUAGAUGCAGAUCCGAAUUCCAAUAAAUUCAUUUCAAGAAUGAAUCAUUUAUGGAAAUCAUUGAAAGUUGCAACACAUUCCUACGAAUCUCUGACAAAAAUCAACUCCGACAUUUCAGACCAUUUCAGAGCAUUGCACGACUAUCUCAUCCUGGAGGAAUCGAGAAUAAGAUUGCCAAUAAACAAUGAUCUUGCCAUAGUGAAACAAGAUAUUGACAACCAAUUCCAAGAGUUAAAAUCUUUACAAACACUUAUCAACAAAUGUUUGGAAACACGAACAUCUAUAAACAUUAAUAAUAUUAAUAAUGAAGAAAAAGUGGAAAGUGAUGUGGAAAGUGUAGGAAGUGAAAGUUUAAGUGACGAGGAGGUCGAACAUGAGGAUAAUUAUGACUACAAAAGUUACAACUCAAAACCAAUAAUCGACCUAUCAGAUAUGGAAACUUUGGUAUCGCUGAUAGAAAAGUCUGAUAGUCAUUCAGAGUUUAUGAAAACCCACAAAGAUUCAAUCUUUAGUAGAUAUGGAACCGAUGAGUAUGAGAACGAACUCGGUGGGACUCUGGAAGAAUCGAUUCUAAAUUUAAUUCACCAUUUCAAUAGCAAAUAUAAUUCACUUGGUGGGAAAGUUAUCAACAGCAAUAGUAAUAGUCAAGUUAAAUGUAAUUUUACAAUCAAAACCAAUAGUAAAAACAUUGAAGAAGCGAAAUACAACAUUCAAAAAUCGAUUCACCUACAUAGUAUUUCAAUUUAUACACUUGGACACAAUGAGUCCUCAUUGUUCAACUUGGCAGAUGGCAGUAGGAAAUCGAUUGAAACAUUCAAAGGAGUUCAUACAACAAACUCGAUAGUGUCGGAUCCAUCGUUGGACCAUAUCUAUGUUUUCGGUGGGUUCGAGUUGAAGAGCUACAAGAUGAUUUCAACCAAGACAAUGGAGGUGGAACACUUUGGAGUGAUUGAAGAUGUCGAUGGAGGCGAGGAUAUCUUUGCUUGUUACGAUGGUUUCGAAUAUAUCUAUUUGAUUGGAGGAUACAACUAUAAGAACAAGAAGACACCCAAUCAAACUAGAAUCGAUAGAUUCAACAUAGCCACUAGGAAAUUCGAAAACUAUUCAACUCUCCACUACCAAAUUGCACCCAAUACGAUCAAGAAAGUUUUCCAAUCGAAUGGACAUAUCUAUAUAGUUAAUGGAUGUUAUAAUGCACGUGGCUAUAGUAUCUGGAGAUUCAAUGCGAUAGCAGGUGAAAAGCAACUGACACUCUGGCAAAAGUUCUCGUUAUGUAUCUCCAAUAGCUACCAUAUCCCUAUAAUGAUGUCCCAAUCGUUUUUAUGUUUCGAUGCCUUCACAGAAACAUUGUAUUUAUUCUACAAGAACUAUCUCUAUAGAAUUAAUGUUCGUACCAAAGAUAACUACCGAACGGAAUGUAAAUUCGAUCAUAUCCUAUUCUCAACAGAGAUCAAAAUGUCUUUCUCAGUUCUCUUCAACAGAGUCAACUCAAAUCAAGCCAACAUUUUCAUCCUCGGUGGAAAGACACUCGGAAACCAUGUCUACUCAGUGGAAAGCAACAAAUGGUCGCCUCUACUGGAAAACAAAGAUAAUUGUCAAAGAGAGAUGUGUGGAGCAUGUAUUAUUUCCAACUAA